GGCCGCGAGACAAAGGCUGAGGUCUUGGGCGUCGCGCAGACUGUCGGGCUUGCUCGAGACCCAGCGGGGAAGUUCCCUCCUGGAGUGUUCCACUGUCCUGGAGUCAGGGAUGUGCCGGGACGGGCCGAGCCGGGAGUGGAGCUCGGUGGUCGUGCGAGCAGGCAUGGAGGGAGGGAGGUUGAGAGAGACCGAGACGGUGUGCGGAGAUAGGGAGAUAUCCUAGAGCUGGACGGUACAUGGAGUACCCUGGAGGGCCUGCCUGGAAGUAAAGCUGAAACCACUACCAUAAAAGUUUCCAGAACCAGAGAUGGCCAGCUCACCUGCUUCUAUGCUUCAGCGACCCCCAUCAAGUAAAACAUCGUAGAGUUCCAGGCCGGCCUCCAGCUCACAGUGAUUCUCCUACCUCUGCUUCCCAAGUGCUGGGAUGAAAGGAUUAAAGAUCCUGCUGUCAACUCCCCAGCAUGGCACUUCAGUGCCUCAUGCUCCUGGCUGGCCUCCUGGUGGGAGUCAACAGCAAGUCCACAGAAAGCAAGGCCCAGCAACCCGAGUGUUGUGUUGAUGUGGUAGACGUCAAUGCUACCUGCCCAGGCACAGGCCUGUGUGGCCCAGGUUGCUAUAGGCACUGGAACACGGACGGGAGUGCCAGCUGUGUCCGGUGCCAGAAUGGAACCCUCCCAGCGUACAAUGGCUCUGAGUGCAGAAGCCUCGCUGGCCAGGGCAUGCAGUUUCCCAUGAACAGGAGCACAGGAAUGCCAGGCCGGCCAUAUUUUGGGGGUCCUCACAUAGCAGCCUCCCUCUUUCUGGGAACACUCUUCAUCAGCGUGGGCCUUAUCCUCUCUGUGGCUGGGUUCUUCUACCUCAAGCGCUCCAGUAAGCUUCCCAGGGUCUUCUACAGGAGAGACAAAGCCCCUGUCCUGCAGCCUGGUGAAGCCGCUGCGAUGGUCCCCCCACCACAAUCCUCAGUGAGAAAGCCAAGAUACGUCAGACGCGAGCGGCCCCCAGACAGGGACAGGGACCCCUCUGCCUUCUCCACAGUGGAAGCCCACAUCAGCAACGUCUGACCUGGAGGCCAGCUAAGACUUCACUCUGUGGCAACGGAGAACUGACAUCCCUCACCUCACCCCAGCUCCAGUCCAAUGAGCCUAGCACAUAAAGGGGCUGGAGUUUAGGACAGGUCAGAAUUCGUUCCCAGUGCCAGACAGACAGAUAAUAGAGGGAGCUCACUCCCAGAUGAUGAGAUCCUUCUGUUUCAUCCUUAGCUCAGGAGUAGCCAUUCAUUUGUAAGACCCAAUGGCUUACGAGCAAGAAAGUUCCAGCAUCUGUAGCAGCCACAAUACAGACCUGAUUCAAAAGUCAAAAACGGACACAGCCUGUGGAGGCCACCCUCUUGGAGCCCAUGGUGACAAGACCUCCUCUACCACCAAACUAAGAGGAAUAAUGCCAAGGCCUAGCCAAUGAGGAUGCAUACAGCUGACACUUGACAUAAGUGGUUCUAGGAUGAGCCUCCUGUGGCUGCUGACCCCCAGGCACAUGUUUCCAGGGGCUGCAGAAUUGAGUCUCCUGGACUUUCUAGCAACAAGGCUAUGCUGUCCUUUGAUCCCAGGGAGCUCCUACCCAAUAGAACCUCCUCCACCCAUGGACAGACUCUAGCUAGCACAGUCCCAAGCUAAGUGCCCACGGAAGUUUUUACUCACGGGGCCUCCACAUCUGAACUGUUUGGGUCACUCAUCUCAGUGGGCCUGUGAGGGCAUGAUGGUUGGUGAUUCAUCUGCCCCAGGCCACAAGAAGCUUUGUGAGCUACCAGCCUAGCUGGUGACACUGGGCUCCUGUGGUAGUGGUAUCUUGUAGACCAAUGCCACCCAUUUUAUACUGGGUUCAGCACCCAGCAGUCUAUUGUGCCUAGGGUGUCUAGCAUCUCUGGCCCACAUUUGAGGUCUUGACUCUGCAGGCCCUACACUCUUCACUGAGUAAAGUUCAUCAUUCGUCCUCUUGCUGCUUGCUGCUGAUGGGAGCUCACUCCCCCUGGGCUUGAACCAGCAGCUCAGGUUGCAGUAGUACUGAUUUAAAGUUGGGCAAGUAAACUAGAGCUUCUUACUGUC